AUGGUGCUGCAAAAGCUAAAGCGGGCGCUUUCGACGUCUGCUGAGACGCGGCGGGCCGCUACAGCUCCGAAGGAGCAAUUUAUAGCGCAGUUUCAGAGCGUGCCCCCGACCUUUGUCAAGCCACAGGCCGCGCAGCCCCAGCCCGAGGUCAAGGAGUCUGAUGUCGAGCCAUACAGCACCCGGGACCAGGUCUCGGACCGGCCUGCCGCCCAGAACAGUGUGCCGCCGGACCAAAGCUCCUCAACAGAGGCCGGGCCUGGCACUGCAGAUGACGUGGAGGGCGGCGGCGGCGAGGUGGAGCAGGCGGACGGCCAGUCAGAGGCAGUGGGCGAGACCGAGCACGAGAUCCAGGCCGCGCCCAUAGACGUUCCCGAGGAUGCUGCGCCGCAGGCAGGCGGCGAAGGGCAGGAGACGGGGGCGCAAGCGGCUCCGGAGGUGGUGGAGGAGGUGCACGUGGUGGCGCCGACGGAGCCCGCCGCGGCAGACGCAGCAGCCGCCCGCGCCGCGCUGUCCGCCGCGAUUGAGGAGGCGGAAGCCACUGCGGCGGGGCAGGCGGCUGCACCGCUUGGCGGCCAUGACCAUGGCCGCGGCAGCGGCGGCGGCGGCGGCAGUGGCGGUUUGCUGGCGCUGGGCGCUGUGCUGUCGCUCGCCUUUGCGGCGUUUGUGGCGUGGCACGGGCAGUGGACCGAAGGGUCGAUAGACUGGCACCCCCUGUGGGGCAGCGGCAGCCUUGUCUCCUGGAGCAGCGCCGGCGGCGUCGCGCCCGGCGGCGGCGAGCCGUUCUGGCCGCUGCGCCUCGACCUCAACGGCACGGGCCUGCCCCCUUUCCCCCUGAAAUGGGGCAGCAGCGCGCUUUCCAAGGCAGAGAUCGACGGCUUCUUGUCGGCCGUCAAGGCGCUGCCAAUCCCGGCGGGCGAGCUGCGCGCUCUGCUGCCCAGGCUGCGCGCCUGGGCAGAGGCCGACGACGGGGCGCCGACCUACAUGCUGCACCUGGUGCAGCUGGAGCCCAAGCUCAGGAAGCUGCCCGGCGCGCCGACGAUCGAAGGCGGCCCGGCGGAGGCCGCCCGCGCGUACGAGGCCGGGCUCGUAAAGACGUGGCUCGGGCGCGCGUCGUACCCGCUCUUUGCGGGCGCGGCGGGGCCCAGCUUGCUGAAGCUGGCCCCCAAGCGCGACUGGAGCCGCGUGCUGCUCGUGCGCUACGCGAGCCGCCGCACGUUCCUGCGGCUGCUGACGGACCCGGCCCACGUCGACCUCCUGCCAUACAAGCUCGCGUCCUUUGACCUGGACCUACUGCCGGCCACCGCCGGCGCCGUGCUGCCCGAGGCACCCUGGGUCGUGGGCGCCGGCCUGCUGGCGCUCUUCCUUUCCGCCGGCUGGCUGCGCGCGUCGGCGCGCGCCGCGCGGCUCGCGGCGCGGCUCGCUGCUUCAGAAGCGCGCUCUGGGUCGCGGUUACUUUUGACGUGA